AGGUUUUACUGGAGGUGAAGAUGAGGCCUAUUUUUGUUGGGAACUUUGAGUUUGAUACUCGUCAGUCAGAACUGGAACGGUUUUUCUCCAAGUAUGGAAGAAUAGAGCGAGUCGACAUGAAAUCUGGCACAUCUACUAAGGAAAAAGAGCUUCUAUCAUGGCUCAACACUUCUCUGCCCCUAUCUGCCUGCCUGCUCUCCUCCUUCUCACUGAUGGAAUUGUUCUGAAUUUCUUACAUCGAUCUUCUGUCAUUCACUUACUUCACUACUCAUGUUGCUUAUCACGAGAAUGAUCAUGGUGGGAUCAGUCAGUUCAUCAUGCCAUGCCUACCACUACUAAUAAAGGGGAUCAAUGAAUUAUAUCAUGCCAUGCCUACCAAUUCUGAAAUCGUGCUCUGAAAUUGGUGAUGCAUGCUUAGCAAUGACUACUCAGACCUGAGUUUUAAACCUUUAAUAAGCCUUCAUCACCUUGACCAUCAUCAUCAUCAUCAUCAUGAUCUAGUUCAUGCAAGGCCCUCUACUUCCUUACUUUCCUCAAGUCCUCACAUAAUUGCAGGGUAUGCUUUUGUCUACUUUGAGGAUGAGCGAGAUGCAGCAGAUGCAAUCCGUGGGACUGACAACAUGCCAUUUGGUUAUGAAAGGCGCCGGCUGUCCGUGGAAUGGGCAAAAGGUGAACGUGGUAGGCAUCAUGAUGGCCCCAAGUCUGGUGGAAACCAGAGACCAACCAAAACAUUGUUUGUAAUAAAUUUUGACCCUAUUCGUACUAGGGUCCGAGACAUAGAAAAACACUUUGAACCUCACGGCAAAGUCCUUCAUGUUCGCAUCCGCCGCAACUUUGCAUUUGUGCAGUUUGAAAAUCAGGAAGAAGCCACAAGAGCUUUGGAGUGUACACACAUGAGUAAGGUCCUGGAUAGAGUGGUUUCUGUGGAGUAUGCAUUGAAGGAUGACGAUGAGAGGGGGGACAAAUAUAACAGCCCAAGACGAGAUUAUGGCAGGCAAAGGGAUAGUCCUUAUCAAAGGUCACCAAGCCCAGUGUAUCGUAGGAACCGACCAAGUCCUGAUUAUGGCCGACCUCGGAGUCCUGUUCAUAAUGGUCCAUCAUAUGACAGAUACAGGAGUCCUCAGUAUGGAAGGUAUCGCAGCAGGUCUCCUGUCCGGAGGUCUUGAACUUGAGUCGGUUCAUUAUCUGGGAGAGCUUGUGCUGUCAUAAUGUAAAUGCUUGAUGCUGUCUGCUUGUGUAGGAGAAAGAUCUAUCUUUUAUCAGUGUAAUGGAUUAGCUGUUGCGUUUUGUUGCUUUAACUUAGUUGACUGUAGUUUGUGAAUUUAGCUGUUGGAACAUUGUGUAGUAGUAGUAUCGCAUUGCCUAUGAAUGUUGGAGACCAUUUGGUAUUAGCUCAUAGAUAGGUUUGGUUGGAAA